AUGGAGGGAGUACUGGAAAAUGAGUGGGACCCACUCCAGGAUUGCCCACCGGUAGAAGGCCCCUUGCCUGAUUUAAACGAGAAGGAAGUAGAAGAAGCAAUGAAGAAAAUGAAGCGCGGGAGGGCAAUAGGGUGCUCAGUGAUACCAGUGGACCUACUAAAACACCUAGGCAGGGAGGGAAUCCAGAUGGUCACGUCACUCCUUCAGAAUGUAUGGGACGAAGAGAAGAUGCCAGCAGAAUGGGAAGUAAUAGAGGGAAGGUUACGUGGACUGGUGUCGGUAAAUGAUAUGCAGUUUGGCUUUAGCCCAGGUAGGGGAACAAUGGACGCUGCUUUUAUUAUAAAGCAACAGCAGGAAAAGCAUCGUGAAGUGAACAGGGACUUAUACUAUACUUUCGUGGACCUGGAGAAUGCGUACGACCGGGUCCCUAGAGACCUGGUGUACUGGUGCCUCAGACAGCAAAAAGCCCCAGAGAAACUGAUAAGGAUAGUUCAAACCACAUAUCGAGAAGCAAGGACCACCGUGAGAACAAAAUAUGGCAGAACAGACGAGUUCAUGAUCGGAAUUGGUCUGCACCAAGGAUCUGUACUUAGUCCCUUCCCCUUUAUCAUGGUACUUGACGUCAUCAGUGAGAACUUCCACACAGGCCUGCCAUGGGAGCUUUUGUUUGCAGACGACUUAGUAGUAGUGGCAGACAGUGAGGAAGAGCUGCAGAGAAGAUGGCUGAGGUAG